AUGAACAUCACUCUCCUACGACCACCACCACCAUCACCAAUCUCAACCUCUCACCAACCCCUCGCACUUCACCACCACCGCACUUCUUCUUCUCCGUUCAACUUCCCCAAAACCAAAACCACUACCUCCAACUCUUUUGUGUUGAACUCCACAAACCCCUCCUCACUCUCCGCAACAUCAAAAUCAGAACCACGCGACGAAAAGCUUCUAACACUUUUACAACAGAGAAAAACUGAAGAAGCUUGGAUUGCUUACACUCUCUCCGCUCACCUCCCUAACCCCACUUUCCUCACGCGCCUCCGUAAUGAAUCCCAGCUUCACCGCCUCGACUCCAACUCCCUCGGCCUCCUCGCGGUUGCCGCUGCUAAAGCUGGUCAUACCCUCUACGCCUCCUCUGUUGUCAAAUCCAUGCUCCGCUCCGGGUAUCUCCCUCAUGUCAAAGCAUGA